CCUCUUCCCCCGGAGCCGCGCAGGCGCACUGGCCUCUCUGUGCGCUCUACUGUUUGCAUUGUGUCUGAACUGCCGGCGAGCUUUAAAAAUAUUUUAGCAGCGCGGAAAUGUCGGGCAGGUCGGUCCGAGCGGAGACCCGGAGCAGGGCCAAAGAUGACAUCAAGAGGGUCAUGGCCGCCAUCGAGAAAGUACGAAAAUGGGAGAAGAAGUGGGUGACGGUGGGAGACACGUCCCUCCGCAUCUACAAGUGGGUCCCGGUGACGGAGCCCAAAUCUGAGGACGUGAGUCCGCCUCUGACACCUGUCAGCCGGGGUUUCUCUUCAAAAUGGAUGAUUCUUAUUUUCCGUUUUCAGAAAAACAAAAACAAGAAAAAGGGCAAAGAUGAGAAGUACGGCUCAGAGGUGACGACCCCGGAGAACAGCUCGUCUCCGGGGAUGAUGGACAUGCACGACGACAACAGCAACCAGAGCUCCAUCGCAGACUCGUCCCCAGUGAAGCAGGAAAACAGCUGUAGCACAAGCCCCGCCCCCGAGAACAACGCCGCCACGCUCCGUGAGAACAGCGAGACCAAGAGCGAGCAGAGCCCGGACAGCAAGAGAGGUAAGACCACGCCCUCGUCAGAGACCUCAGAGAGAGCGCACGGCGCCAAGAGAGACGGCCAGUCGUCGGGGGAGAAGGAGUCACCAGACAGCAAAGCUACUCAGGACCUGCAGGACGAGGCCCCGCCCACAAAGAAGAGCAAAUUGGAGUCCUCGUCUCAGAACUUUGAGGAGAGUUAGGGAGUCCUUCCUCUCCUCCUGCCCCCCCCCCCCCCUACCCCCGUACCCCCUUCCAUUAACUCUACAUGAUCUAGGGCUUAAUGGACACACUGGCUCUCCUCUCACUCCCCCCUUUGCCCCCCACGCUGCCCCCCUCCGCCCAAACUCCACAAAACCAGAGGGAGAGUGCCCCCCCCCCACACACACACACACAAACACACAUGGAGGGAGAACGGAUGUUACCUUUAGUUCACGACACCCCCCCCCCCCCUCCCCCUCUGUGCUUCCUUCCACACUUCCUGGACCCGACCACAAACCCUGUGACCCCCCAGUCCACCCCGGGGGGGGGCGAGGUCAGCCGCCGCUCUGAGCCGUCUCGUGUCACUGUUAACGGUUGGGCUCAGGGCGGCUCCAGAGGCGGCCCUGGUCUUGGAUCGGCGGCGGCGUGGGGGGAGCGUGGCUCGGCGCCUCCUGCUGGCUGAAGGUUCAGGCCGUUCCUCAGGGGGGGGGGGGUCCAUGCACUGUUCUGGGUGGUCUCAGUCCAUCGCUGGUAGACUUGCUGCUGUUGUCUUUUCUCUUGAUCCUCCAAAGGCUCUUCUCCCUGCAGAGGAAGAAGACGACGGUACCGGUCCAAUCGGACUCUCCGAUGAGGCGUGCAGACAGGCGCAGGUCCGGGCGGCGUGCCUUGAGUUGCUACAAAUAAAAAAGCGGCGCUUUAGGUCAAGCAGGUUUAGAAUUCCCGCUGGGUGCCAUUUUCUCUUUCUUUUGGCCUUAAAGUGUCACUAAAUAGUUAGUCAGACGUUUUUCAUGACGGGUGGUGGGUUCAGGUGAAGGCAGCACUUCAGGAACAUUUGGGUUCAUGCUGGGAGAAAAUCGACUCCGGAGGAUUCAUCAGGUUUAGCUCAGAUUUUCGGGAAACGGAAUCACUGAUGGCAUCUUCUCACGUUUUUCUCCCAGCUCCAAAACGCCGUGAGUGUGGCGCCCUGGAACUGGAACACUACCCAGAUCUUUCUUUGUCAUUUCUCCUCUCGCUCGGACCGGUCUGUGGCCCGGCAGACGCCGCUGAAUCCGGCUGAGCUCCCGCUUUUUGUGCAGAUUUAGUAGAUGAAUGGAUGAUGACGUUCAUGCCUCACCCCACCAGACGUCUGCAGAUGGAGGUGGAUGGAGAGAAAAGCUCCUGUAAGUUUAGAGGAUGGAUUAGCAAAUACCUCACUCCCACUCCAGCAGAGCUGGAACUGAACAUGCUCUCGUGUUGACAGUAGACGUUCUUAACAGCAUUAUGUUUCAUUCAGAUGAAAUCACUUCUGUUGUAGCUUCACUUGAUUGAGCUUAUGGUUUGCUCAUAACUGUGUGUAAAAAUAAGAAAAAAAAGAGCUGUGAGAUGAAAUAUCUUGUUUGGUUUUUUUCCUUGGGACCAUUUUGUUUCUUUAGAUCUUGUACAGAUUUAUGGUUUGGUUUGACUUAUUUAUUCCAUCAGUAGUGCUUGGUUUUUAUCAUAUGAUGAUGGUUCUGUUUUCUUAAUAAAAUUCUCAAAAGUG